AGUGUUGCAAAGGCAUGUGUCUCAAACACCACAAGCACCACUGCUGUGAGAGUAGAGAAGAGUGAUGUGAAAGAUGCAAGGGCAGGGUCGCAUUUUCCUGUUCAGCUACGUGGUGGCUGUUGCCAUCCCUGUUUCUUUGGCUUUCAACAUUGAUACAACAAAUCCUGAUGUCGAUGUUGGUGAACAAAAAGAUUUCUUUGGAUACAAAGUGCUUCAGUUCAAGUCUACCUCGAAAAAAGGGUUAAUUGUCACUGCACCUCUACAACGGGAUGGAUCUGGGGGAAUAUGCAUUCUUGUCAAAAACCAAAAUGCCACGUGCUUCAGACAAGAAAAUAUAUCUCACAAUGAACAAAAACUACCAGUCAAGCAUCUUGGUCUGUCGAUAGCUCCAGACUCUACAGGCUCCCAUUUCACUGUUUGCAGCCCAAGUGUAGCCCAUGAAUGUAAUAAGAACUCCUACUUAAACAGCAUGUGUUACAAUAUCACAGAUGAUCUUCAGGAAGUCUCCUCUUCCACACCUGCUUUCCAAGAAUGCACAAAAGACACUGUGGACCUCGUCUUUCUUUUUGAUGGAUCAGGGAGUAUGACUGGAGACGAGUUUGCAAAAAAUAAAGAUUUCAUAAUGGACAUAAUAAACAGGCUUAAGAACACGUCAAUCAAGUUUGCAGCAGUUCAGUUCUCAUCAGAUUACAGGAAGGUCUUUGACUUCAAUGACUAUGAAGCUGGUACCGCUCUUGAUAAACUUCAGAGAGAACCCCACAUGAAGACUCUCACCAACACACACAAAGCCCUCAAAUUUGUGUUGGAAGACAUCUUGGAAAACCCACAUGCAGGCGCCUCUUCUGGUGCAACCAAAGUUCUGGUACUAAUCACAGAUGGAGAUCCCAGUGACAGCGACAGAUUUGGGAUUAUUAAACGAUAUGAUGCUAAAAACAUCAUUCGCUUUGUCAUUGGGGUCAAAGCUGCCAAGCUGGAUAAAUUUGAGGACAUCGCUUCAAAACCAACAGACAAAUAUGCCUUCAAAAUCGAGAACUAUAACGGACUCACAGGAAUACUGGAAAACUUUCAAAUAAAGAUCUUUAAAAUAGAAGGCUCCAGUGGGACUCGGGCAGGAGACAUUACUAAAGAAAUGUCUCAGAGUGGAUUCAGUGCUGUCUUCUAUGACGAUACCCUGGUCCUGGGGUCAGUGGGAUCAAACAACUGGCGGGGCUCCCUCCAAGAGCUCCGUGGACAAACAGAAACACAAAUUGAAGACCCACACAUGCAGAGUGCCUCUUACAUGGGAUACUCUAUUGCUGUCGGACAGAAGAAUAACGCUCCUCUAUACUUCACGGGUGCACCAAGAUUUGAGCACACAGGACAGGUUGUACUUUUCACACACAAUGGCAACAACUGGAUCACAGCUCAGAGACUAAACGGAGACCAGAUUGGUUCCUACUUUGGUGCAGAGCUGUGCUCAGUAGAUAUCAACUCAGAUAGUACCACUGACUUCCUGCUGGUGGGAGCUCCACUGUUUUACCAGCCUCAGGAGAAGAGAGAAGGCCAGAUCUACGUCUACUCACUGACUGAUGAGAUGCAACUGAAACGUGAACUGAAUGUAACAGUGGCAUCCAUGGGUAGAUUUGGCACCACCAUAUCCAGCCUUGCAGAUCUGAAUGGAGAUGGACUCCGAGAUGUUGCUGUUGGAGCUCCCCUUGAGGAUGAUAACAAGGGGGCUGUGUACAUCUACCUUGGUGACAGACGCACAGGGAUACGCAGCACUUUCAGCCAGAGAAUCAUGGGACAGAACAUAAAACCUGGGCUGAGAUUCUUUGGACAAGCCAUUGAUGGGGACAUUGACCUCGGAGAUGACGCACUCCCAGAUAUUGCGAUCGGAUCACAGGGCACUGCUGUUGUCUUAAGGUCCAGGCCUGUCUUUAAUGUCAUGGCACGUCUGUCUUUUCAACCUGAGGAGAUCAGCAUUGAGAAAAUUGAUUGCUGGAGCAAAACAGAUGAAAGUGUACCCAUGGUUAACUUAGCAGCCUGCUUUAAAAUGGUUGAAACAACAAAGAGCAAAGCAGGGAGAAGAGGCCCAGGACUGAACAUAUCAUACAUACUCAGUGUUGAUCACAUGAGACAAACGUAUCGAGGUUUCUUCGGAAAUGACAAGAAAGCAAAGAAUUUUACUUCUACCUUCAAGCUGUUGGGGGAAGAAACUUGCUUCCACUACAACAUCUCCAUGCCAAUAUGUGUGAAAGACACAUUAUCACCCAUCAGCAUCAAACUGAGCUUUUCCCAAGUCGACAGUGAGCAUGCGAGCGCUGUCCUGAAUAUGGACAGCAAAAGGCAGGCUGUUGUUGAGGUUCCCUUUGAAAAGAAGUGUGCAAAAAAUGACACCUGUAUUGCCGAACUUGAGGUGGAUUUCAACUUCACGACCCCAGUGUUACUGAUAAAAGAAGACAACUACUUCAAUGUGUCUGUAAAACUGUCCAAUCAUGGCGAUGACUCGUACAACACCAGCCUUACAAUGUACUAUCCUCUAGGCCUCUCCUUCUCUCGGAUGGCGCUUACAGAGGCGACGAGACCAACGGUCCACUACUGUUACGGUAAAAAGGAAGAACUUGACAAAACUGUCUGUAGCAUCAGCCUUCCUGUAUAUCGCAGCAGAUCUUCUGCAACAUUUACAGCUUCUUUUGGAAUUCCACUUAAUUCUGAGUACGAGUGGAAUGACACAGCCUCUGUGACCAUUUCUGGAAGAAGUGACAAUGCAAACACCACCAAGACCAGUUCCCUGACCAAAAACAUCCCAGUACAAUUUGAAAUUAAAAUUGCAAUAACAGUGAGAGAAGACUCCACCACCUAUCUGAACUUCACAGAAGAGGAUUCUGAACCUAAAAGCAUGACGAUUAUAUAUGAGAUAACUAAUCUUGGUGUGAAGGCGUUUCCUGCCAGUGUGUCUCUGUUCUUCCCAACUGAACUGGAACAUAACUUUGAAAUGAUGAACUAUAAAGUCUCUGUCCAGGAGAACAAAACUCAAUGCAAAGUUUUUGGCAUCAAAUCUGAAUGCCAAACUAUUAGGUGCGACACUUUCAUCCUGGAGAAAGAAUCAACCACCCAAUUUAUAUUGUCAGGACAUGUACAAUUUAAGAAACUCAAAGAGCUUGCAAAGAAUAUUGACUUUCUAAAACGGUAUACUGGAGACGGUGUGGAGGUUAAAUUCAAAAGCUUUAUAAAGAUUGACUAUAACAAGACACGAUAUGUGUUGGAGUCGCAUAGACAAGAGAAUAGUGGAUCUGCACUGGAGAACUGUCAUGAAACUGGCUUAUGGAAAAACAACGAUCCAUCGAUGAAAAUGACUGAAGUUCGGGUUGAGUUCAUCAUUCGCCCGCAUAAACAGCUGAUCAUUUCAACUGGAGUUGGACUGGGAUUAUUGCUUCUGAUCAUAAUUGCAGUCAUCAUGUUUAAGUUGGGUUGCUUCAAGAGGAAAACGUUUGCUGAAGAAGAAGAGGAGGAAGAAGAUGCUCUUCAGCAGUGCACCCCCGCUGAUUCCACACCGACUUCAGAUGAAAAAAAGCCUCUUAAUGCUGAUGAGUCAAAUGGCAGCACCUCACUGGCUGAUACAAAGGAGGAUCUGGUGUAAAAACAAAUUCACCACGAUCAAAGUGGGCUGAUAUACGCUCAAAUUAUAAAGCAUACAGCAUGCACAGAGGGUCAUUAUUAGUGAAGAACGUCACUAAAAGAACAGUUCGGCAUUUUGGGAAAUACGCUUAUUUGCUUCAUUGCUGAGAGUUACAUAAGAAGAUUGAUACCAUUUUCUUGUACUUCUGCUGAAUAUGAAGCUGGAACCAGGUGAUGGUUAGCUUAGCUUAACAUAAACACGGGAAACAAAGGGGAGUACUAGCCUGGCCCUGUCCGAAGGAAAAAAAGUCUGUCAAGUCAAGUGAAAUUUUAUUUAUAAAGCCCAACAUCACAAAUCACAGAUUUACCUCAAGGGGCUUUAUAGUCUAUAUUGCAUAUGGCACCCUUUGGCCUUAGACCAUUGAACAGGAUAAAGGAAAACUCCCUAAAAUAAACAGUUAAUGGAAAAAAAUGGAGGAAACCUUAGGAACACCUGGGAAAGGGACAGACUACAUACACAAGAGGCAAAACCAAACACACCAUUCACCCAUAACCACCGUAUUCCAGCUGCUCUAAAGCUAACUGUUUAUCAUGUCAUAUCUCUUCUUUUAUCCAUCCAAAAACAGUCAAUGGACAGUUUGCUUAGUUGUCAUGGAGAUGGCUGAGCAGGGAACUUGGGUCAAGUGAUAACUGUAAAGAGGCUGGACAUGAGACUCAAUGAACUCCAGAUGUCUGUUCAUAUGGUUAUGGCAUUGACUGGGAAAACAUCGGGGUCAUCCACCAGGAGUCAGGGGACAUUUGAUGACAUGAAAACUCAACCUCAAACUCCAUUUUCACGGGAAGACACUGAAUUUAUUUUUUCAUCAAAUCAUGACAUGGUGUUGCUUUAUAUGGUGAACCUUAAUGUUAAAUUUACAGGCAUGUUCACGCUAUGGUAG